ACUCUGGUUGACUCCUUGAUGGCCGCACAGAAUCAGCCGCCACCACCCAACAGUCAAGCAGCGGUAACAUCUGAAGUCACUACUCCAGUUUCUACAGUUGCAUUCGGUAUUCCAUCUUUCUCUAUGCCAGAAGGUUGGGGCCCGCCUUUCAGCUUUGGUACAGGUUUCCGCCAUAAUUUCUCUGGGGUUCAAACAGCUACAACUGAAGCGCCUGCUGCACAAGGUUCGGCGUUUAUUCCACAUUCAGGGGUAACUUUUUCCCAAAUCACUAUGGCACUUUCUCAACCCACUAUGACAGUUCCGACCCCUACGGUUCACACUGUUCCUUAUGAUGGCAAUGAGAUUUAUCAUGAUCAAGGUGAUAGCACAAAUCCGCGUAAUCUUGUGGAAGAUCUCCAAGAACAGUUCAACAAGAUUCAAUUGGAAGUCAAGGCUAUUCGUGGGAAAGAUUUGUUUGGAAAGAAUGCCCAGGAGCUAUGUUUGGUUCCCAGUGUACAAAUACCGGCUAAGUUCAAGGUCCCUGACUUUGAGAAGUACAAAGGUAGUUCUUGUCCACAAAGUCAUCUUGUGAUGUAUGCCAGAAAAAUGUCUACUUAUGCAGAUAAUCAUCAGUUGCUCAUCCAUUACUUUCAAGACAGUUUGACUGGUGCCGCACUGAAGUGGUACACAGGCUUGGAUAGCACUAAUAUUCGAACAUUCAAUGACCUAGGUGAGGCCUUUGUCCGACAAUACAAAUACAACUCGGAUAUGGCUCCAGACAGAGAUCAGCUCCGAUCCAUGGCUCAGAAAGACCAUGAAGCUUUCAAAGAAUAUGCCCAACGAUGGAGAGAAACUGCUGCUCAGAUUAAUCCACCGUUAAAAGAGAAAGAGAUGACAAAGAUCUUCUUGAAUACUCUCAGUCCGUUUUAUUAUGAACGCAUGAUUGCUAGUGCUCCAAGUGAUUUCACCGAAAUGGUAAACAUGGGGAUGCGUCUAGAAGAAGGAGUCCGAACCGGACGUCUGACUAAAGAAGGUGGAUCUUCGAGUGGAACCAAAAAGUUCGGAAGUGGUUUCCCAAAGAAGUACAAGAUUGUGGAUCAGCUUAUGCAGACUCCUUCAAAAAUCUCAAUACUUUCAUUGCUUUUAAACUCUGAAGCACACAGGGAAGCCCUGAUGAGAGUCUUGGAUCAAGCUUUUGUAGAUCAUGAUGUGACUGUUGACCACUUUGAUGGGAUAAUAGCCAACAUAACAGCUUGUAACAAUUUAAGCUUCUGUGAUGAAGAACUCCCCGAGGAGGGUAAAAAUCACAAUCUUGCUUUGCACAUUUCUAUGAACUGUCAGUCAGACUCUUUGUCCAAUGUGUUGGUAGACACCGGAUCUUCCUUGAAUGUGAUGCCAAAGACGACUCUUGCUCGCUUGUCUUACCAAGGAAUGCCUAUGAAGUUCAGUGGUGUAGUAGUCAAAGCAUUUGAUGGAUCGCGAAAAUCUGUUAUUGGCGAAGUCAACCUUCCCAUGACAAUUGGUCCACAUACAUUUCAAAUCACCUUCCAGGUCAUGGACAUUCAAGCUGCUUAUAGCUGUCUGUUAGGACGACCAUGGAUCCAUGAAGCAGGGGCGGUAACUUCUACGCUCCAUCAAAAGUUAAAAUUUGUAACAAACGGAAAAUUGGUAACAAUAAGUGGGGAACAAGCCUUGAUGGUGAGCCAUUUGUCCAAUUUCUCUUUCAUUAGUGCCGAUGAUGUGGAAGGAACUCAGUUCCAAGGUCUCUCUUUAGAAGACGAAUCUUCCAAAAAGAAAGCAUCAAUCUCUUCAUACAAAGAAGCAGUAAAAGUAGUGAGAGAUGGAACUACCACUGGCUGGGGGCAAGUUGUGAUCCCGACCAAGAAUGAAACCAGAGCAGGUCUCGGAUGU